AUGGGCAAACAAGAAAUCUCAGAGCCGAACCCGCCGCCGGACGCGUCCCACCUCCCGGACGCGCUCCUCAAACUCCGCAUCGACCUCGACGAUGCGAAGAAGACCGUUCUCACCGACGCCGAGCUCUACGCCCUCCAGAAAUUCAGAAGAGCAGCAGACUACAUCGCGGCCGCCAUGAUCUUCCUGAAGGACAACACCCUCCUGCGCUCGGACGGCACGCUCUCCUUGUCCGACGUCAAACCGCGCCUGCUCGGCCACUGGGGCACCUGCCCAGGUCUCGUCCUCGUGCACGCCCACCUCAACCGGCUCAUCCGCAAGACGGGGCUCGACGCCCUCUACGUCGUCGGCCCAGGCCACGGCGCGCCCGCGCUCCUCGCCUGCCUCUGGCUCGAAGACUCCCUCGCGCCCUUCUACCCCUCCUACCCACGAACCACGUCCGGCCUGCACUCCCUCGUCUCCCGCUUCUCCUGCCCGGGCGGCUUCCCCUCGCACGUCAACGCCGAAACCCCCGGCGCGAUCCACGAAGGCGGCGAGCUCGGGUACGCCCUCUCCGUCGCCUUCGGCGCCGUCAUGGACAAGCCCGACCUGCUCGCCGUCUGCGUCGUCGGCGACGGCGAGGCCGAGACCGGGCCGACCGCCGCGGCCUGGCACGCCGCCAAGUACCUCGACCCGAAAGAGUCGGGCGCGGUGCUCCCGAUCGUGCACGUGAACGGGUUCAAGAUCAGCGAGCGGACGGUGUACGGGACGAUGGACGACCGCGAGCUCCUCGUUGCGCUCUUCGCCGGGUACGGAUAUCGGGUCCGGUUCGUGGAGGACCUGGGCGAGAUCGAUCGCGAUCUGGCGGCGAGCUUGGAGUGGGCGGUGGGUGAGAUCGGGAAGAUACAGAAGGCGGCGAGAGAGGGGAGGCCGAUCGUCAAGCCGCGCUGGCCGGUGCUCAUCAUGCGCACGCCCAAGGGAUGGGGCGGGCCGAAGGAGUUCGACGGGAAGAUCAUCGAGGGCUCGUUCCACGCGCACCAGGUCCCGCUUCCGGCCGCCAACAAGGAUCGAAAGCAGCUCGAGGCCCUGCAGGCGUGGCUGCGGUCGUACAAGACGGAGGAGCUGUUCACGGCGGGCGGCGCGCCCGUCGACGAGAUCCUGAGCAUAAUCCCACAAGAGAAGGAGAAGAGGCUCGGCCAGCGCGCGGAGGCGUACAAGGCCUACCGACCGCUCGACGUCCCCGACUGGCGCGAGUUCGCCAUUGCGAAGGAGAAGGGGGAACAGGCGAGCUGCAUGCAGGCGGUGGGGCGGCUCCUGCGCGCCGUGAUCGAAACCAACCCGGCAUCGUUCAGGAUCUUUUCGCCGGACGAGCUCGAGUCGAACAAGCUCGAUGCGGUGUUCGAGGUGACGGGCCGGAAUAUGCAGUGGGACGAGAAGAGCCGGGCCCAAGGCGGGAGAGUGAUCGAAAUAUUGAGCGAGCACGUGUGUCAGGGCAUGUUGCAGGGAUAUACGCUCACGGGUAGGACGGGCUUGUUCCCGAGUUAUGAGAGCUUUCUGGGGAUCGUGCAUACCAUGAUGGUGCAGUACGCCAAGUUCAACAAGAUGGCGCGCGAGACCAAGUGGCACGGGGACAUCGGUUCGCUCAACUACCUCGAGACCAGCACCUGGGCCAGGCAGGAGCACAACGGGUUCUCGCACCAGAACCCGUCCUUCAUCGGCGCCGUGCUCAACCUCAAGCCGCAGUGGAUGCGGGUCUACCUCCCUCCCGACGCGAACUGCUUUUUGAGCACGAUGUCGCAUUGUCUGAGGGCGAAGAACUACGUGAACCUGAUGGUGGGCAGCAAGCAGCCGACGCCGGUGUGGCUCAGCCCGGAGGAAGCGGAUAAGCAUUGCAUCGCCGGCGCGUCCGUGUGGAAGUUUGCGAGCACGGACGAGGGCGUCGAUCCAGACGUCGUGCUCGUCGGGAUCGGCGUCGAGAUGACGUUCGAGGUCGUCGCUGCCGCGGCGCUGCUCCGCACGGUCGCGCCCGCGCUGCGCGUCCGGGUGUGCAACGUGACGGACCUGAUGAUCCUCGGUCCGCAGGGCUCGCACCCGCACGCGAUGACCGACGCCGACUUUGACGCCAUGUUCACGCCGGAUAGGAACGUACAUUUCAACUAUCACGGGUACCCGGUCGAGCUGAAGGGCUUGCUGUUCGGGAGGAGCAGGCUGGAGAGGGUGAGCGUGGAGGGGUACCGGGAGGAAGGGACGACGACGAGUCCGUUCGACGUGAUGCUGUGUAACCACACGUCGAGAUACCAUGUCGCGGCGGCGGCGAUCCGGGGCGGGGCGAGGGUGAACCCGAAGGUGGCCGUGGACGCGCACGAGGGGGUGAGCUACGUGCUGCACCUGGCGCAGAAGGACAGGGACUAUAUCUUGAAAACGAGCCAAGAUCCGGAGGGCACGUACGACACGCCCGAGUUCGAGUAGGCACCCAGGCGUAGCAGAGGAAUAACGAAUGGACGCGGAAUAGUUCUCAGCAAAGUGUUUGUACAGUAUGUGUGCGUACGCUCGCAUAAUAUGAGUACGCCUGUGAUUGG